UGACUCCAUUGCCAAGUCUGAAAAAUUACUUCAAGAAGAUUUGCAAAUAUCGCUUGUUUUCUACAAUUCCAAUGGCUGCUGAAUAUACCCUUGUACUCGUUAGGCACGGUGAGAGCGAGUGGAACAAAAGCAACCAGUUUACUGGCUGGUACGACUGUGAUUUAACCGAGAAAGGGGUGGCUGAAGCCAAAUUUGCCGGAAAGGCUUUAAAAGAAAAGGGUUACACCUUUGAUGUGGCUUUUACCAGUGUAUUGAAAAGGGCCAUUAAAACAUUAUACUUUGUCCAAGAUGAGUUAGAUCUUCACUGGCUUCCAGUCCACAGGCAUUGGAGAUUGAACGAGAGACAUUAUGGAGCUUUACAAGGGUUAAAUAAAGCUGAAACAGCUGAAAAAUAUGGUAAUGAACAAGUCCAUAUAUGGAGAAGAUCCUAUGAUACUCCACCCCCAGCAUUAACCCCUGAUGAUGAGAGAUGGGCUGGUCGAGACAAGAGAUAUGCUGAUUUAGACAGCAGCUGUGUACCUGCCUGUGAAUGUUUAAAAGAUACAGUGGCUAGAGUUUUACCAUAUUGGUAUGAUAAUAUAGUUCCUGCUAUCAAGUCUGGAAAGCGAGUUGUAAUUUCUGCUCAUGGUAAUAGUUUAAGAGCCUUGGUGAAAUACCUGGAUAAUAUGACUGAUGAUGCUAUAUUAGCUCUUAAUAUACCUACAGGUAUCCCUUUGGUGUAUAAACUAGACAAGGAUCUGAAGCCAUUAGAACAUUUCUAUGUAGCAGAUGAAGAAAAAGUUAAAGCAGCUAUGGAUAAAGUAGCAAAUCAAGGAAAAGCUAAAUAAAUCUGUGAACAAAUAUAGGGAGGGAUAGUUUUACAAACUGCGAGCCUACACAAUCUACUUUCAAACCAACAUCAGGUUGGCAGAAUAGUAUAGCUAUCUUUCAGUUAUUUUUGUUACUAUUAUUUGUAAUGUGUAACUCUUGUGUCUGUUUUUAAUAUUUUGUUUUCCAACACUAAUAUACCUGUCAUAGAUUUAGUGUUGAAUAAUGGUAUUUUGAAGGUCGUCUGAAUAUCUGAUGAUUUUGGGUUUUGCAACAUGGCAUGCCACUUUGACUAUGGCUAAAGCUUAAAAGUUUCUCUAACGGUCUUUUGUGAAGACUAUAUUCUUUUGUUACUACCGGUAUUUGACCAAUACAAUCACUAUUGUAAUUAAAAUUUAGAAUUAAGACAAUGUCAAUGAAACUAAUUGUGAAUUAGAGUUCUCCAAAUUAAAAACCAGAGCAUUGGGAUCAUAUUGUUACAUGAUAUAAUAUGAUUUCGAUUGAUAUUAGAACAGUUGAAUAAUCAUCUUUUUAUGUCAGAGGGACAAAGCAUCUAUGGAUCUUUUUGAGUCUUGUUUGGUUCAAUCUCAUCUUCCUGUUCUCUUAGACAGGUCAUUUAGAAUAGUACAUGAUGGAAUAGUGUUAUAUAAAGAUUAGUUAUGUAUCUAUACAACAUUUGAUAUGUAUUUAUAAACAAAAAAAUACAAAAAAGAAUAGAAGGAAAGUUCUUCAAAAACAUAACAAAGCAUUUGGUAUCUAAUAAAUAUACAUAAAUUAUGUACAUCAACUUUGAAAAAGAAUACAUUUAAAUGUUAGUAGAAUUUGAGAUAGACAUUAGUAAGCUUUGGAAAAUCUUCAAGACAGGAUUUAUGUAUGAUUUAAGUUUGGUAUUAACAACAAUUUCAAGUUCACUUUUCACUAAAUAUUGCUCUAGUCUUAGAUCUAUGUACAAAUACAAUUAAACUGAAGUCACAAGGCAGUCAUUUUACUGAAACUGAUAAAUAUAUAAAUGCAAGUACUGAGAUUAUCAAAAUAUUACAAAUAUGUGAAGCAUCUUCAGGAUGAAUGAAAUUUUUGGCAGGCAAUAUGGACUAAUUUUCAUUUUCUAUUAAGCAACAGUCUACUACAUGUAGUUGUUGUCAGCAUCUAUAUCCUUAAAGAGUAUACUUGUAUAAUAGAAUGGAAUCUAUAAAUUAUAGACCUGUUUAGGAUUGUUGUUAUUUCUAACUUAUUUAUUCAAGAAUAUAUAGUUUUCUGUGCUACUCUUGUUUGCUUUUCUUAAAUAAAAUGAGCUGGUAUCUCAUAAAAAUUGAUGAAUUUUUAGGGGUCAUUUCUGGAGCUGGUAUGAUCGAGUCCAAUGGUUCUCGCAUAAUCGUCAGAAUGAAGCCAUGACCAAAAGAUGAUAAUGAACAUAUGGUUAAAAAUUUGUACAUUAUUGAACAAUUCCCCCCCAUUAGUAAAUCAAAUCAAAUAUUAAUUGACUUCC